AAGACCUUUACUCUCCUUCUGUAUUCUUUCUUUUAUGCCAUAUUAGUGGGCGGAUUAUAUAAUUUUGUUUCAAAUUUUCAGUGUCAGUAGUUGUUGUUAUAAUUUGUAACUAUUUAUCAUCCGUUUUAUAAGAUUUGAUGGCUGGGAACUAUCCUUCGUUCGAAAAUCCAAUCCCUAGAUUCAAAAAUUACAACUUUGGGAGCAGCUCAUCUCAUCAUCAAAAUCAUGAUGGUUUAGCGGUGGAGGAUCAACAAGAAGAAGAAAACAUGAUGAUAAAAGAACAAGAGAGGCUACUUCCGAUAGCAAACGUAGGAAGGAUCAUGAAGAACAUUCUCCCACCAAACGCAAAGAUCUCUAAAGAAGCAAAAGAGACUAUACAAGAAUGUGUGUCCGAGUUCAUAAGCUUCGUCACUGGAGAAGCCUCCGAUAAAUGCCACAAAGAGAAGAGAAAGACCGUCAAUGGAGACGAUAUCUGUUGGGCUAUGGCAAAUCUAGGGUUUGAUGAUUACGCCGAGCAACUCAAGAAGUACUUAAAUCGUUACCGAGUUAUUGAAGGUGAGAGAGCCAAUCGUCAUGGCAGGGGAGCUAAAUUAUCCUCACCGGAUAAUUAAUUGGUCCGUGGCUGAUUGUUUGAUUUCCUUUUUAUGUGAUCUUGUUUAGUUCUUUGACAAGCAUCUUCUACCAUUAUAUAUAUGGCGAUCUAUUAUAUAUCAUAUAUAGUUCUACGGAUAUAUAAAUAAACAUAUAUGAUUAUAUAUAUAAGAUGCAUCUAUGGUUUGAGGCUGUGAAGAAAUAUGUGUAGUUCUUCCUGAUUUUGUUAAUUUUCACAGUA